UUCGAGUAGAUAUGCCAGGAUCAGGCAGUGCUUUUAUCCCUACGAUCAACGCCAUCACAACCAGCCAAGACCUGCAGUGGAUGGUCCAGCCCACCGUCAUCACCUCCAUGUCAAGCCCUUACUCUCGCUCGCACCCCUACAGCCACCCGCUGCCCCCGCUGUCUUCGGUAGCCGGACACACGGCCCUUCAGCGACCUGGUGUCAUCAAAACCAUUGGAACCACAGUGGGCCGGAGGCGACGAGACGAGCAGCUGUCGCCCGAGGAAGAAGAGAAGCGAAGGAUCCGGAGAGAGAGGAACAAGCUGGCAGCUGCGAAGUGUCGUAACAGGCGUCGAGAGCUAACAGAGAAACUCCAGGCGGAGACUGAAGUGCUGGAGGAGGAGAAGUCGGUGCUGCAAAAGGAGAUCGCUGAGCUCCAGAAGGAGAAGGAGAAGCUGGAGUUUAUGCUGGUGGCUCACAGCCCCGUGUGCAAAAUCAGCCCUGAGGAACGUCGGAGUCCACCAUCCAGCAGCCUCCAGAGCGUUCGGACUGGAGCAAGCGGAGCGGUGGUGGUGAAGCAGGAGCCCGUGGAGGAAGAGAUCCCAUCUUCCUCUUUGGUCCUUGACAAAGCCCAGAGGUCUGUCAUUAAGCCCAUCAGCAUUGCUGGAGGUUUUUACGGGGAGGAGGCACUCAACACUCCCAUCGUGGUGACCUCAACACCAGCCAUCACUCCUGGCUCCUCCAACUUGGUCUUCACCUACCCCAAUGUAUUGGAUCAGGAGUCUCCUCUCUCCCCAUCCGAGUCCUGCUCCAAAGCUCACCGGAGGAGCAGCAGCAGCGGCGACCAGUCCUCGGAUUCCUUGAACUCUCCCACCUUGCUGGCAUUGUAA